AUGUCUUCCGACGAUGUCCCCCAAGCGCCACAAAACAAACCGUCUACCUCCUCCUUCGCCGACGUCUUCAAGACCCUCGCAGUAGGCCGUCCCAAGUCGCAGUCGCCGGUCUUGCAUGCGCAGAACGCUGGAGGCGCGUUGUCCCCCGAGAUGGAAGGCAGACGCGGCAGCAGAGUGACCUUUGGCUUCGAGGCCCUGCACCGAGGCAGCGUGGCCGCCGGUGCGUCUGAGGCGUCCACCACCCCGAGCCUCGACACGAUCCUCCAUAACCUGGCGGCAGACCAGCCCCUGCAGAGUGCCGCCGACGAGGCCGAGAAGGUGGUGCGCUACUUGCACGGGUUCAGUGGUGACCAGGUUGUCGCCGUUUGGGAGCAGGCAGCCCAUCUCCUCGACCAUCCAAGCUCGCCGGAAGCACGAGCGUCAGGCGGCAUCUUGCUGGAAAACGUCUCUGCCCGCCAGGACCUGUCUCUGGCCGGCCGCAAGUCCCUCUUCCUCUCCAUCUCGCAGCCCUCGCAUCCAGACGUCAUUGCUCGCCGCGUAAAGGCCCUUAUCUCCCUGUCAGACUACGGAAGGAAGUUUGAUUUCACCGAAGAGCCCGUUCUACGAGUUAUCGCCGCAUGGAUCGUACCCCUUUACGAACAAACGGCCGCUAUGCGGUCGAAGAUUAAGCGGUCCAGAGGACAGAGACCCAGUGGUGCCACUUUCGAUGAGGCCAUCCUGGGCGAGCUGUUUCAGCAUAUCGUCGAUGUCGUUACCCUACAACGCCAUUCUCCGAGCCCAGAGGUCAUCGAGCUCGUUCUCAACCACAUAUUCACUGUCUGCAAGAAGACAAGUGCCGCUGUGGACAUCAAAAACUCCCUGGGGGUCUUCGAUGCCAUCAUCACCACUUCGGGCGUCCCUGAUGAAAGCUUCAUUCCUCUGCUCGAAGUCCUGUGCAGUAUCCAUGCUUCAGUCAAGUCGUUAGCAGGUCCAACGUCAAGAGCCGUCCGAAGUCUUGCCAAGUCUGGCAAACAGUCAGAUAUGAUACAGACUCUUCACACCUUUCUCAUGGAGACCACCGAACGCCCAGACAGAAACCUGAACGUCACCCGCGGCGCCGUUGACAUUUUCCGAGAUUUACUGGUUGCGUACGGCCAAGAUGGGAUGCCCACCAUCUCCUUUGAACGCCUCAUCGCGUCACUCCAUCAAGCUUCACUUCGAAAGGACGGUCGUAUCGACACAGACAUCCUAGAAGUCUGCCUUAACGCGUUACAGGGUGAAUUCUCACAGGUCUCCCUCAAGCACGACUGGACAGAGUUUGUCAACGUCAUGCUGGCUUGCUCAGAUAGAGCUAUCGACAUCACUGCCCCUACCUCUCCCACUUCAAACAUAUCUCCCGUCCCCCUCUCGGCCGCAUCAACUCCUCCAUCAAAGGCCUCCUUGGCCGAUGACGUACGCUCUAACAUCAUCGCCAACCUUGCCCGUAUUUCAGCUGCUCUAGAAGCCCUAUGGCCAAGUUUGGACAAGGCUCAAAAGCUUGAAGCAUGGCGUUUAUUGGCUGAUAUCCAUAAACAUCUUACCCAUUCCCAAUCAGAACUAGCUAUCCGCCUGUUGGGAACCGAAAGACUGUGUCACCCUUCCGCUUCCGAUGGUUGGAUCACUUACUCCUGGAAAUUGGUGCAAGACUACAUUUUGGACCGUGAAAAGGCCCCGGAAACUCGCAUUCUCGCUUUGGCAACCUUUAGAGACGCAUACUUUAGUGAAAACGCACCGGAAUUAUACCUAAAGGAGGGCCUGGUCCGUGUUCUUACCAAUGGCUUUGCCGACGAAGAUUCAUACCUGUUUCUUCAGGAGCUGGUGGCUUUCCUUGUUGAUGGGACAGCCAGCUCGGACGAAGAUACGCUCAAUCUCAUUGUUGACACCCUAAGUCAGCCCAUGAGUGCGGAUGAGAAUACGGACGACAUGUCCCCAUCCGGCACCAAACCGGUCCCGCACUAUGUUUUGGCCUCCGAUACACUUGCACCGUCCCUCAGCGACGCAACAACAUGGGGACUCAUCCGGAUCUUUCUAAAGGGACUAGAGACCAAAUCUCAAGUUGUUGUGAAAGUAUACCAGAAGCUGAUAGACAUUGCAUCGUCAACAAGCCGGCCUUCUGACUCCCGUCUCUCUGCACUUCGACUACUCUUCCGACUUCGAUGCGAUACCUCUGGUGUCGUACACAUUGCGUCUUCCAUUGACAAUGGCCACUUGACUGCCAGCAUGCUGCGCACUGUCGAAUCAGCUGCCAAGUCAAACGCCAGUGAAGAGUCGUCUGUCGAACGCUCAAGAGAUAACGACACAUCUUCCACCCCCAAUAGCAGAUCGUCUCUGAAAGACCAGUCUGUAACCCCGCUUGGAGGCCACAGUCAGCGUGUUAUUUCCCGACGCCCUUCGCGGUGGGUUGCUCCAAUCUGGGCGUUUGACGACCAUAGCAAGCUACCUGACAUGACCGUCCUCAAUCUCGGAAGUAAUGUCUAUGCAUUUAAAGCAGCACCAUGCAAGGAAGGAGAGCAAAAACAUGAAGAGCAAAGCAGUGAAGAGCAAAGUGGUGACGAGCAAAAACGCGACACCAAAGUCGUACUGAAGGUCAACCUGUGGGCCGAGGCCAUCAUUGCUCUUCUCCAGCGCGAGAAAGACUGGGAUAUCUACAGCUACGUUUCUGCCCAUGUCAGUGCACAGCUUGCCAACCGAGACUUCUUCCGUGCAGCAAUCCCCCAGAUCAAGCUACUUAGAAGUGUUCUGUGUGAGCAAAUCAAGAACGAGAGCUUCCCUGAACCCCUUGGAUGGACAGGUGUGAAGAAGAAGGAUAUUGCUAUCUGUCUACUGGACGCCCUGACAAUGCUUGUCAGCUUCCAUGCACACUUUGCAAAGGGCGAGCAGGAUGAGAUUGUUCGCUCGUUUAUGUAUGGAAUCGGAUCAUGGGAGGGUACGUCUCGUGGAUGUAUCCAUGCGCUGAGCGUUUGCUGUCAUGAAAUUCCCCUGUCUGUCACAAAGUCCUUAAACGCUAUCCUCGAUAAGAUGUCCAAGGUUAUCACUCGAUCCCACAUUGCCGUUCACAUCCUUGAGUUCCUAGCUCUAUUGGCCCGUUUGCCUGAAGUGUACGUCAACCUGCGCGAUGAGGAGAUCCGGACCGUGUUUGGAAUCUGCAUCCGCUACCUUCAGACCUCCAGAGAACAACGAUACAAGAAUAAUGAAGCUGUCAGCAGCCGGUCUGUUUCCAUGCCGACGCGUAUUAGCAACGGCUCAAAGGACCCUGUCUCAAACCCCUCGGCAGAAGCAGUUGAUAUCCACGGUGGAGAAAAUGUUGCCAGAUAUGUCUACCAUCUGACAUAUCACGUCAUGGUCUUUUGGUUCCUAUCCCUUAAGUUGCAGGAUCGGCCUAAUCAUGUCGGCUGGAUAACGAAACGGUUGCUGUUCAAUGAUGAGCAAGGUAAAGAAGUCAUUGAAGAGCAGAGCCAGGUGUUCAUUGACAUGAUGCAGCGAGUUGCGUAUUCGGACUUGGGAGAUACCAUUCCGUUCGACCACUUCCCGCCUUCGCCGUCCGAUGGCCCAGUCGUGAAGAAGACUUGGAUUGUUGGUACAAGUAUCAUCACCAUCGAAACCGCAUGUGCCUCUGGCUUAAACCAGGUCACCAAAAGACAAGCAUCCGGGACGACGUACUCGAUCUUCCAGCAGCGAACCGCACCAGUCCUGCCUCAUCAAAUCCCAACUAACCCCGGCUCAUACUCGCUCAGUGACGACCCUUCGACACGAACUUCGGUACUGCCCAGUCAUGCUCUCCUGCAGAUGACUGCCUCCGCAUUCCCAACUUCCAUCCCAUUACAGCCACUUCCUCUGCCUGAUGAUGAUUUCACUCGACGAGCAAUUAGCGCUUUUGAUAGGAACAGUAUUGUCGACGGCCACAAGAUCGGAGUCUUAUACAUCGGCGAGGGCCAGACCGACGAGACGGAAAUAUUUGCCAACGACCAUGGCAGCCCGGAUUAUGAAUUCUUCAUUGCCAGUCUUGGAACUAAAGUCUCCAUUGAGAAUCCUAAGUUCAACCCUCAGGGUCUCUAUCAUGAGCGAGACGGCAAAUACAUCUACGCCUGGCGUGACCGAGUCUCGGAAAUUAUAUACCAUAUCGCUACCAUGAUGCCGACGAACCUGGAAGCAGAUCCGCAAUGCGUAAACAAAAAGCAGCACAUUGGCAAUGACUUUGUGAACAUUAUCUUCAACCGAUCUGGCUCUGAGUUUGACUUUAAUACAAUCUCAACGCAAUUCAACUUUGUUGAUAUUGUCAUCACGCCAGCCUCCCGAGUCGGCACAGAAGACAUGCCAGGGAAAUUCUCCGUUGACGACUUCAACCACAGACUCUACACUGUUAAAGUGCUGAGCAAGCCUGGUAUCCCUGAAUUAUCAGCCGCGGCCAUCCCGAAAGUCAUAUGCGGCAAGAACCUUGCUGCCUUCGUGAGGAUCAUCGGCUUGAACGCUUCCGUCUUCUCUCUUGUCUGCAGCCAUGGCGGCGAAUACAUUUCAUCCUGGCAGAACCGCCUGAGAGAAAUCCGUCGUCUUCGGGAUCGUGCAUACGCCUGCUUUUCUCCCGAAGUUACUAGCCCGGACGCCUCCUCCAGCAACCUCACCGGCGGUAGUUCACACGGCGAUGGCUCAUUCCCGCCCUCACGACGCAAUACCAAACACUAUGCCGAUGACGGAAGCCUACGUAGCGGCCUGGGCACUGAACGCAAUCUUACAAUGGAAGCCAAUGCCUUCCCAUGCCUGGAUUUCUCACGCUGGACUCGCUGA